AUGGCGUCAGGUUUGGACGUGAAAACAACGAGUAUAAUUCCGUUGAAUGGCAAAAAUUCCCCCACUUGGAAAGUUCAAUGUCGAAUGGCACUUAUGAGAGAUGGUGUGUGGGGAAUUGUGGCCAAAACUGAAGUGUCGCCAAGUCCAGAUAAAGCCGAAGAUUUAGCAAAGUUUGUUGCGAGGAGAGAUCGUGCCUUGGCAACAAUUGUUCUGUCGGUCGAUCUGUCGUUGUUGUAUCUCCUUGGAGAUCCACAGGACCCUGCUGUGGUUUGGGAGAAAUUGACAAAUCAAUUCCAAAAGAAAACGUGGGCAAAUAAGUUGGCACUACGUCGUAAACUCUAUUCAUUGCGGUUAAAAGACGGUGAAUCAAUUCAGAAACACAUCAAAGAAAUGACUGAGAUAUUUGAUGGAUUAGCGGUCAUCGAUGACCCUAUAACGGAAGAGGAUCGAGUUGUUCAUUUGUUAGCAAGUUUACCUGAGUCAUAUGAUAUACUGGUUACGGCGUUGGAGGCAAAUGUUGAAGUUCCUAAAAUAGAAACUGUGACCGAACGUUUGUUGCACGAAGAACGAAAAAUGAAGGAGAGAAGUGGGCCUGAGAGUAAUGAUGAAAUGAAAGCUAUGUUUGCGAACAGACAGUCUAAAGGCAAGGGUCCCAAAUGUUACCAUUGUGGAAAGUUUGGACACAUUAAACGAAACUGUCGAGAACUGAAUAGUCUAAAACAUGAUGGGGACAAAAGUGAGUUUAAUGAGGGUAUUGACAACAAACAUAAAGCUAACACUGCAGCCAAAUCCAGACGAACAGACAGCAGCUCAGAUAGUGAUGAAGUGCGAUUGAUGGUGAAUCAUGCAUUUAGUUCUGUAAACGGGAGAACAAAUACAUGGAUAAUUGAUUCUGGAGCAACUUGUCAUAUGUGCAAUGAUGUGAGUCAGUUUGUGAAUUGCAUAACUUGGAAAGGCCUGAAGAUGUUACUCUUGGAGAUGGUCAUGUUGUCAAAGCAACUGGAGGGGAGUCGUUAAAACAAAAAUAGAGUCUCCAAAUGGCUGAAAGGGAAAGAGUUGUGUACUGCAAGAUGUUCUUUAUGUUCCAAGCUUAUCGUAUAACCUAGUGAGUGUGUCUAAAGCUACAAAGUCUGGAAAGACUGUGAAGUUUAAUGAAGAUGGAUGUCACAUUCUUGAUGAAAGUCAAAAGCUGAUUGCCACUGCUAAAAGAGUAGGAAACCUGUAUUACCUGAAUUGCACGAACAGUCAUCAAGCAAACCCUACUGUAGGAUAUUCAAGCAUGGGAAGCAAAGAGGACACCUGGCACAAGCGAUUUGGACAUCUCGGUGUUCAAAACCUCCAAAAGUUGGCAAAAGAAAACCUGGUUGAUGGCUAUGACUAUGACAAAUCAAAGGACAUUGAUUUCUGUGAAUCUUGUGCAGAGGGAAAGCAUCAUCGAAGUAAAUUCCCAGUCAACGAAAGUCAACGUGCUAAAAUGCCCCUUGAUUUGGUACACAGUGAUGUAUGUGGUAAAAUGAGUGCAAAAUCGCUUAGUGGAACUGAGUACUUUCUGACAUUUAUCGAUGAUCACACUCACUAUGUAUGGGUUUAUGUCUUGAAACACAAAGACGAAGUCUUUGGAAAAUUCUUGGAGUGGAAAGCCUUAGUCGAGAAAUCCUCUGGCAGAAAGGUUAAAGUCUUCCGCACAGACAACGGGGGAGAGUACACCUCGACAGAGUUUGAGAAUUAUCUGAAGAAAGAAGGGGUAACACACCAAUUAACUGUGCCCAAGACACCGGAACAAAAUGGAGUCGCUGAAAGGAUGAACCGGACCCUGGUGGAAUCGGUGAGAUCCAUGUUAGCAGAUGCUAAACUCCCGCACAAGUUCUGGGCUGAAACACUCUCAACUGCUGUUUAUCUUAGAAACAGAAGUCCCUCAGUUGCAGUCAAAGGAAAGACUCCUUUUGAAGCCUGGACAAGUCAGAAACCUAAUGUGAAGCAUCUACGGGUGUUUUGGAUGCGAAGCGUAUGCUCAUGUGCCAAAGGACGAAAGAAAGAAACUUGACUCGAAAGCCAGAAAAUGUAUUCUUCUUGGUUAUGGCACUGAAACAAAGGGCUAUCGUCUCUAUGAUCCAAAUCGUGCAAGAGUCUUUCACAGUCGUGAUGUCCAGUUUAAUGAAUCUUCACAAGAACCUGAAGUUGUGAAAGUACAAGAGCCAGAGCAAAACACACUUGUGGAACUUGAGUUUGAAGAGCCCAUUGAUGUCGAAGAGCCUGUUGUAAACGAAGAGCCUGAGCCUCAAGUUACGAGGAGGUCAGAAAGAGAUCGAAGACCACCUGCCUACUAUGGAGAGUUGGCAACAGCUGCAAAUCCUGAUAAAAACAAGCCAAGGACGGUGGAAGAGGCUUUGUCAAGUCCAUAA